CCGGGGCGGGACCAAGAGCGGAAGUGGGUGUGACGGGGACGGGGUCCCGGUGGGCCCGCGGGGGAAAGAUAUUGGGGAGUGGGAGCUGUGGGGUUCGGAGCGAUGAUUCCCCCACAGGAGGCAUCCGCCCGACGGCGGGAGAUCGAGGACAAGCUGAAGCAGGAGGAGGAGACUCUGUCCUUCAUCCGAGACAGCCUGGAGAAGAGCGACCAGCUCACUAAGAACAUGGUGUCUAUCUUAUCAUCCUUUGAGAGCCGCCUUAUGAAGCUGGAGAACUCCAUCAUCCCUGUGCACAAGCAGACGGAGAAUCUGCAGCGGCUGCAGGAGAAUGUUGAGAAGACGCUGUCCUGCCUGGACCAUGUCAUCAGCUACUACCAUGUGGCCAGUGACACUGAGAAGAUCAUCAAAGAGGGCCCCACAGGUAGGCUGGAAGAGUACCUGGGAAGCAUGGCCAAGAUUCAGAAGGCAGUGGAGUAUUUCCAGGACAACAGCCCAGACAGCCCAGAACUCAACAAAGUGAAACUGCUCUUUGAGCGCGGGAAGGAGGCCCUGGAGUCCGAAUUCCGCAGCCUGAUGACGCGGCACAGUAAGGUCGUCUCGCCCGUGCUCAUCUUGGAUCUGGUCAGUGGUGACGAUGAUCUGGAGGCCCAGGAGGACGUGGCCCUGGAGCAUCUGCCCGAGAGCGUGCUCCAGGAUGUCAUUCGCAUCUCCCGCUGGCUGGUGGAAUAUGGCCGCAACCAAGAUUUCAUGAACGUCUACUACCAGAUACGCUCCAGCCAGCUGGACCGCUCCAUCAAAGGCCUGAAGGAGCAUUUCCAUAAGAGCAGUUCUUCCUCUGGGGUUCCCUACUCCCCUGCUAUCCCCAACAAGAGGAAAGACACGCCUACCAAGAAGCCAGUCAAGCGGCCAGGGACGAUCCGUAAGGCUCAGAACCUUCUGAAACAGUAUUCCCAGCAUGGUCUAGAUGGGAAAAAGGGGGGCUCUAACCUCAUUCCUCUGGAAGGGCUUCUUCCCUGUACCCCAAGGGGCGGCCUGCCUGGCCCCUGGAUAAACGCUGCUUGUGUUUGUGCGGCUGACAUCUCGCCAGGUCACGAGCAUGAUUUCCGAGUUAAGCACCUGUCCGAGGCCUUGAACGACAAGCACGGGCCGCUGGCCGGGAGAGAUGACAUGCUGGACGUGGAGACCGAUGCCUACAUCCACUGCGUCAGUGCCUUCGUCAAGCUGGCGCAGAGCGAGUACCAGCUGCUGGCCGACAUCAUCCCCGAGCACCACCAGAAGAAGACCUUCGACUCCCUGAUACAGGAUGCCCUAGAUGGGCUGAUGCUCGAAGGGGAGAACAUCGUGUCCGCUGCCCGGAAGGCCAUCGUGCGACACGACUUCUCCACGGUGCUCACCGUCUUCCCCAUCCUGCGGCACCUCAAGCAGACCAAGCCUGAGUUUGACCAGGUGCUCCAGGGCACGGCCGCCAGCACCAAGAACAAGCUGCCUGGCCUCAUCACCUCCAUGGAGACCAUCGGUGCCAAAGCGCUGGAGGACUUUGCGGACAACAUCAAGAAUGACCCGGACAAGGAGUACAACAUGCCGAAGGAUGGCACCGUGCACGAGCUCACCAGCAAUGCCAUCCUCUUCCUGCAGCAGCUUUUGGACUUCCAGGAGACGGCAGGUGCCAUGCUGGCCUCCCAAGAGACCAGCUCUUCGGCCACCAGCUACAGCUCCGAGUUCAGCAAGCGGCUGCUAAGCACCUAUAUCUGUAAAGUGCUGGGCAACCUGCAGCUGAACUUGCUGAGCAAGUCCAAGGUGUACGAGGACCCAGCUCUGAGCGCCAUCUUCCUGCACAACAACUACAAUUACAUCCUCAAGUCCCUGGAGAAGUCUGAACUCAUCCAGCUGGUGGCAGUGACACAGAAGACUGCUGAGCGCUCCUACCGGGAGCACAUUGAGCAGCAGAUCCAGACCUACCAGCGCAGCUGGUUAAAGGUGACCGAUUACAUCGCAGAGAAGAAUCUACCUGUGUUCCAGCCAGGAGUCAAGCUCCGGGACAAGGAGCGGCAGGUUAUCAAGGAGCGUUUUAAGGGCUUCAAUGAUGGCCUCGAAGAACUGUGCAAAAUCCAGAAGGCCUGGGCUAUUCCAGACACAGAGCAGAGGGACAGGAUUCGCCAGGCCCAGAAGACCAUUGUCAAGGAGACCUACGGGGCCUUUCUACAGAAGUUCGGCAGCGUGCCCUUCACCAAGAACCCGGAGAAGUACAUCAAAUACGGGGUGGAGCAGGUGGGCGACAUGAUCGAUCGCCUUUUCGACACCUCUGCCUGAGCCUGCUGCUAGCCCUGCCUGGUUCCACCAGACUGGCGUGUCAUUGGACAGAUAAACCAGUGUUAACUUGCCUCUGGGCUGGGUGAGCUUGAAGUCCUUUGGGAUAGAGACCUGUCUCCACCACCCCAUCCAGGAGCCGUGUCCCUGAGCCCUCUAGUCCUGGUUUCCGCUUUUUCCCCACAGCCCGUGUUCCCAGUCGAACCAGCACUCUCCCGGAAGCCUGGGGUCCCUUCACACCUUGGCUUUUGUGACCCUGAUGGCUUCUGAAACAGGAAAAGAGAGAAGGAAGACAGAGGCCUGUGCCCACUGCUGCCCCAUGUGUACCAAGAGCAGCAGAGCAGAACGGCCCUACCUCCAGCCUAGAUCAGAGGUGGGGGGCAGAGAACUCCCCUACAGCCCAGAGUUGUGGUAGGGCUCAGAGAAGCAGCCAGAGCACCUGGAGGAAAGGCAGUCAGGAUUGACCCCCUUUCUUAAAACACAUUCCCGCCCGCCCACAGGCCUGAGGUCUGGGACCUUUCCCUCCCAGGAGUCCCCUAGGUGGCUGGGGGAGGCAGGCUCACUGGCCAUUUUCCCUAGAGUCCAGCACACUGCAGGAGGCGUUCGGAGGAGGACUUCCGCCCCACCCUCUGCUGCCGUCCUCAGGCCCCUGUCUCUGGUCCCCAGCCUCAGUGCCUCUUGGCCCAGGGCCAAGCAGUGGUGGUUGCAGAAGGAGCAAUUAGGCUGCCUGCCUGUGGGCUGGGAGACGGGGACAAUGGGGAAAAGUUCAGGAGCAAAGUGGGGGUUGGAAGCAAAAAAUAGGGCCCCACCUAUUUAGGACGAGAAUGAAGACUGACCCUUGAGGCACACUUGCACUGGAGAUGGGUUUAUUUCACACUCUGCUUGUAUUAGCACAGGGAGAGCUCAGGGUGGCUUAAUCCAGAGACCCUGUCAUGGCCCUCCCCCAGCCAUGGGGAGGCAAACUUCAUCCUAAGGUGUGCAGCCCAGGCCCUGCCCCGUUACAGUCUAGGCCGCCUGCCAUGGGGUGCAGCCUCUCCAGGGGCUGGGUCAGACUUGCACGCUGCCCACAUCCAGAUUCCGGCGAAAACGAAUUGGCUGCACAGCACCCCAACCACAUACACGAGGAAGAAGAUGCGGUCAGCAGUCUCAGGCCAGCUUCUCUGUGACCCCUUUACUCCUCUGGGGGGCUCUGUGGGGAGAGAUACAGGGAAAGGAGCUGUUCUUCAAGGUCCCCCCAACAUGAGCAGAAGAGUGAACCCCAGGGGUCAUCAGCCUGUAUCUCUUCCUUUCUUAGAUUCUCAGCUGAUGAAAAUUUGGGUCUGGCCCAUUUCAGGCCAUCUUCAGUUGAAGAAACACCCUCUUAGGCUGUGCAAGGCAUGGGUUAUCAGGGGAUUGAGGUCACCUGGGACUUCAGGGAGGCUAAGCUUGCUCCCUGCCCCAGACCUGUUUCUUCUAAGGGAGGAGGACAUGGUGGAGACCAGGAGGACCAGCAGGGUGGACGCGACAAGCCUCUAUGCACACCUGGACCCCUGCGCCCUCCCCCCAGCCCUAGGUGUGCACCUAGGCCUCAUUCUUUACCCUCCAGCCCCUGCCCACCUUCAGCAGGAUGAGGCCCUGGGUUGCCAUGCUCUCGCUGUUCCCCUCCCGGGGCUGGGCUGGGGCCGCUCUUGGCCUCAAGGCUGCCCCAGGCCAGCAGCCCAGCCAGCAGCACAGUCUCUAUGGUGCUGAGGAAGAGCAGCAGCAGCAGGAUGGUGAAGUAGUAAACUGGGGGAGGCAGGGCACGGGGAGAUGCUCAGGGGCCAGUCCCUGUGUCUCUGGUACCCAGCGAGCUGAGCACCAGGGUGACCGGGGAGAAAGAGGGCAGGCCGGGUAAGGGAGCAGGGCUUACUGAGCAGUGGGUUGCAGGAGGAGGAGCUGGGCAGGGCCUGCACCAGGGAGGAGUGGAAGACGAGGUAACCCAGCAGCAAUGUCACCUUGUAGCCUAUACGCUCAAUGGCCCGGAGGGGCAGCAGCCCCCCACACAAGUCAGCCAACAGCAGCGCCUCUGCAGGCACCAAGAGAGCGAUGAUGGACUUGAGUGCCGUGUUCUUCAGGCUCAGCUGGAAGGCGAAAAGCCAGGGCCUUCCAGGGGGAGGAAGGAGGUGGACAGCGGGGGCAUGGGGCCCGGCCUCUGGCCCUGCGUCCUUACCCCCACCCGCCUCCAGCAGCCCUCUGUCGGCCUCCCCCCGACUUGACUCACCGUCACCUGGAAGCAGGGCACCAGCUGCUGGGGUGGGACUUGGGUCUUCAGAUCAUAAACUACGUAUUCCCUCUUGACACUCACAAUCUCGUUCACCACGUGGGCCUGGAACUCUAACUCCAUGGCUGAGGGGUGGGAAUGAGAACUAUGAACUAGGAAGGAGAGAUCCCAGCUGCCAAGUCUGGGGGUAGCAGACUAGAGCCCAGGGGAGACAGAGACUUUUGAUGGCUUUUGGCAGGGACAGACUUGGAGACAAAACCGAUGCAUAGAAGGGCUUCCCAAACCUUGCUUUGCAACAUCCCAAAUUUGUCUCCAGUUAAAGGAAGGCCUUUAUCAGAUUCAUAGAAGAGCUUUCAUUGUAAAACUAAAUGUACUUUGCACCACUUCA